AUGGCUUCUCCAACUCCAAUCUCGAUCCCCCACUUCGUCGAAACCCAGCUCCAGCUCCUCCUCCUCGAACACGAAGCCGAAGUCUCCUCUUCCUCCCUCGCAACAACAGCUGCGUCCGUGUCCCCAGCUACUCGGCGCACAUUACAAGCUACAGGCUAUGCCUUGACAGGCCUCGUGCUAUCACAGUGCCGCACCGGUCUCGGCGGACGCGUUGUCGGCGAAUUCGCCCCAGACCCGGCCGUCUCGUCGGGAAAAUCGGACAAUGAUCGCGCAUCUGAUGGUCAGCCUCGGCUGGGCUCUCAUGGCAUUCGUGUUGGGGAUGUGGUUCGCGUGAACGACGUUUCUGCGGGGAAUGCGAAGAAGAUCGGUAAAGAUAAGGGCAAAGAUGGUGGGUCGAAGGAGCAAAAGGAUAAGAGUGGCCCCGAAGGUGUGGUUACUCGUGUCAAUGAUAAAGCUAUUUGGAUUGCGUUUGGACAACAAGGGAAAGGAGGUGGAACCUCGAAGGAGGACGAUGAAGCUAUUGAGGAGCUUUGGGGAAAGAAGUUGUGGGCAAUGAGGCAGACGAUGGAGAAGAUGGCCAAGAUGACUGAAACGGAUCAUUCACACUUCAUGCGCGUUGCUUUCGGCCAUACAACCCCUCUACAGCCGGACUAUGAGGAUAUAGGUCCUGUUGAAUUCAGCGAUCCCACCCUGAACGACUCGCAGAAAGAUGCCAUCCGAUUUGCCUUGGCUACUAAAGACAUUGCACUUAUCCAUGGCCCACCGGGCACGGGAAAAACACAUACUAUCAUUGAGCUUAUAAUGCAGAUGGUACAGCGUAAAAAGAGGAUAUUGGUCUGCGGUCCGUCUAAUAUCUCGGUCGAUAAUAUCGUUGAGCGACUGGCACCGAAGAAAGUACCGGUUGUACGAGUCGGGCAUCCCGCCCGCCUUCUCCCUUCUGUCUUGGAACAUUCCCUCGAAGUUCUCACGCAGACAUCGGACGCUGCCAGUAUUGUCAAGGAUGUCCGUAAGGAGAUCGAUGACAAGCAAGCUAGCAUUCGCAAAACACGAACGGGACGGGAAAGAAGAGCGAUCUACGACGACCUGAAACAAUUGCGCAAGGAAUUCCGAGAACGAGAGUCUAAAUGUGUGGAUAAUCUCGUUCGGGAAAGUAGUGUUGCUGUUGCCACUCUGCACGGUGCUGGUGGACACCAGUUGAAGAAUCAAAACUUCGACGUGGUGAUCAUUGACGAGGCCAGCCAGGCGCUGGAAGCCCAGUGCUGGAUCCCUCUGAUAUCUGCGGACAAGGUUAUCUUCGCGGGUGAUCAUUUGCAAUUGCCGCCUACUGUCAAAUCAACGAAUUUGAAAUCCAAGCCCGGUGCAGAGAAGAAAGAUGACGGUCCCAAGAAAGAGAUAUUGAAGGGUGUCUCCCUCGAACGGACCCUCUUCGAUCGCCUCUUGUCGUUACAUGGGUCGCAGAUCAAGCGAAUGCUAACCACCCAGUACCGCAUGCACGAAAAGAUCAUGCGAUUCCCAUCCGAUGAACUCUACGAGUCGAAACUAAUGGCCGGCGAUGCGGUCAAAUCACGAUUACUAGCAGAUCUUCCAUAUGAAACUCAGGGUACGGAUGAUACACAAGAACCCCUCGUAUUCUGGGACACACAGGGUGGAGACUUCCCCGAGAAAGCUGAAGACAAAGAGAUCGGUCAGAAGGAGGCUUUACUUGGUGAGAGUAAAAGUAACGAGAUGGAGGCUAUGGUGGUCGCCAGACAUGUGGAUAAUCUGGUGGAAGCAGGUAUCAAGCCUGAAGAUAUUGCCGUGAUCACCCCAUACAACGGGCAGUUGUCGGUGCUGUCUCAGAUGCUACGGGAGAAACACCCAGGCCUCGAGCUUGGCAGUGUGGAUGGAUUUCAAGGUCGUGAAAAGGAAGCCGUCGUCGUGAGUCUAGUCCGCAGCAAUGCGGAGCAUGAGGUGGGUUUCCUUGGUGAGAAACGACGUCUGAAUGUGGCUAUGACACGCCCCAAGCGGCAUCUUUGCAUCUGCGGGGACUCUGACACAAUUAGCCGGGGUAGCAGCUUUCUCAAACAUUGGAUGGAUUAUCUGGAGGAAAAUGCCGACUUGCGAUACCCAGACGCGGGUGAUCUUCUCUAA